AUGUCUGAUAAUCCAAUUCCUAAUGGACCAAAGUUAUCAAAUGAAGAUGCAAGAAAAAGAAGAAAAAAUUCAUUAGUUAGAGAACAUGGAGUUAAAGAUGAUAUGGUUUUUCAACAAGCAGUUUUAAUUGGAUUAGCAAAUAAAUUUUGUGGAUUUACUAUUGAAAACCCAUCUAAAAUGUCUCAAAUAACUGCAACAUUACCAAAUAUAUCAAAAAUUCAUACACAAGAUGAUCUUAUUGAUGUUUCAACACUUGCAGAAAAACAAGCAAAUGAUUUAUUAAAUAAAUCAAAACACUUUUUAGUUAAAGAAAAAUCAUUACAAAGAAGGAUAAAAAAGAAUAUUAUAUAUUUUACACAAAAUCUAUUGAUUGAUUUCUGUAGUGAACAUGGGUUCUUUUUUAAUUCAAUUUAUUCAAAGAAGAACCCAAAAACCUUUCAAGUAGAACGAGUUCAACAAAUAUUUUAUAAGAAUAAUUUUUUAAUGAAAAAAGAUGAAAUUCAAAGUGUUGGAACUUGUAUUAACAAUUAUCUUCUAAAUAUUUCACAUGGUAAAACUUUCUUUCUUCGUCAAAAUGAUGUAGAAGUACAAAAUUUAUUAGCUCAAAAUAUUACUUUAUAUUCGUUUGUCUGUAAUCAUUAA